AUGGAUGGCGGCGAUCUGGGCAACCGGAUCAAAGCAAAACGCCAGGGAGGCCAGCCUCCUUUCGAGGGGCCCUUCCUGCAGAAAACGGGUCAUUGGUAUGUUUCGGACGUGAUGUCUGCGGCCAAUGUACCAUCGGACGGUCAACUCGUGUGCUUCGGAGACAACCGCUUCGGGCAAUGUGAAGUGCCUCCAAGUCUUGGGCAUCUAGUGGCAGUCGCAGCAGGCUGCGGGCACACCUGCGCCGUGGAUGCAGACGGCGAGUUGGUCUGUUUCGGAGACAACCGAUUCGGCCAGUGUGAGGUGCCGUCGGACCUUGGCCCCGUGGCAGCUGUGGUUGCAGGAUGGUACCACACAUGCGCUCUGAAGGCUGAUGGUCAGCUUGUCUGCUUCGGCUUUAAUGAUGACGGGCAAUGUGACGUUCCUGCUGACCUUGGUCCCGUCAUAGCCGUGGCUGCAGGAUGGUAUCAUACAUGCGCAGUGAAGGCAGACGGUCAACUUGUCUGCUUCGGGAGCAACGAGUAUGGAAGGUGCGAUGUUCCGAGAAGCCUUGGAGCUGUGAAGGCCGUCGCUGCAGGAGAGGAGCACACCUGUGCAGUGACAACUGCGGGGGAACUCGUGUGCUUCGGGAACAACCGCUCAUCUCAGUGUGAUGUGCCACCUGACCUGGGCCCAGUGGAGUUUGUGGCAGCAGGAUACCUUCACACCUGCGCGGUGAAAGCAGCUGGGGAGCUGGUUUGCUUUGGGGACAACAUGUUUGGCCAAAGUGAGGUUCCUGCGGGCCUCAGAUGUGCGGCUUCGCCGCCGCAUGUGUUGUCCACGGUGGGUGGCGCCCUCUGCUAUAUACACUCCCAAGGAGUACUCCACCGGGAUGUCAAGCCGCCGAACAUCCUUGUCAGCAACAGCCUACACGAAGUGAAGCUGGCAGACUUUGGGAUUUCCAAAAUUCUCGAAGCUUCCGGCCACGCAGGAACGGUAUUGGGAACUCCGGCCUACAUGUCGCCCGAGCUUGUCUCAGGUAGACCUUACGGAACUGCCGCAGAUGCCUGGGCUCUGGGUGCAUGUCUCUUCGAGCUGGCGUGCCUCAAGCGGCCCUUUGAUGCCUCGAACCAGUUGGCGCUGGUUUGGCAGAUCGUCGAGCAUGACCCGCCUGAGCUGCCACCCGAGACGCCGCCGGACAUGGUGACUGUUAUCCGUGGCCUCCUCAACAAGGACCCGUCACUCCGGCUGCGACUGGAAGAGCUCGUGCCCGAUGAGGCGGAUCCGGUGAUGGCAGGCUUGGUGCAGGCAGAGAAGGAGAGGCAGAUGAAGUGCAUCGAGCUCAUCGCCUCGGAGAACUUCACCUCGCGAGCCGUCAUGGAGUGCUUGGGCUCGGCCUUGACCAACAAAUACUCCGAGGGACAGCCCGGUGCACGCUACUACGGUGGCAACGAAGUGAUCGACAAGGUGGAGAAUUUGUGCAAGGACCGCGCCUUGAAGGCCUUUGGUCUGGAUGAGAAGGAGUGGGGCGUGAACGUGCAGCCGUACUCCGGAAGCCCUGCCAACUUUGCCGUCUACACCGCCCUGCUGCCUCCGCAUGCACGCGUCAUGGGCCUCGACCUUCCCAGCGGCGGGCACCUCACGCACGGCUACUACACUGCGAAGAAGAAGAUCUCUGCCACGUCCAUCUACUUCGAGUCGCUGCCAUACCGUGUCCACCCGGAGACGGGACUCAUUGACUUCGACGAGCUUCGCAAGACCGCUUUGGUCUUCCGGCCGGCCAUGAUCCUCUGCGGUGCCUCCGCGUACCCGAGAGUGGUGGACUUCGCGAAGUUCCGGGAGAUCGCUGACGAGGUUGGCGCCUUCCUCAUGGCGGAUAUCGCCCACAUCUCCGGCCUGGUGGCCACCGGUGAGCAUCCGUCGCCCUUCCCCUUCUGCGACGUCGUGACCACAACCACACACAAGUCCCUUCGGGGCCCCCGGGCAGGCAUGAUCUUCUUCAAGUACAGCGAGAAGGUGCCGGACAUCAAGGACCGGAUUGACAUGGCCGUCUUCCCGGCUCUGCAGGGUGGACCCCACAACCACCAGAUCGGCGGCCUGGCUGCGCAGUUGUUGGAGGUCUCCACUCCGGAGUUCAAGGAAUACUCCAAGCAGGUCAAGGCCAAUGCGGAUGCCCUGGCCAAGGCCUUGAUGGCCAAGGGCCACAAGCUCGCGAGCGACGGCACGGACAACCACCUCAUCCUUUGGGACCUGCGCCCCCACGGCCUGAGCGGUGGCAAGGUGGAGAAGGUGUGCGAGCAGUGCUCCAUCACGCUGAACCGCAACGCAGUGCACGGCGACGUGUCGGCCCUCUCCCCGGGCGGCGUCCGCGUCGGCGCCCCGGCCAUGACCACGCGAGGAUGCACCACUGCCGAUUUUGAGAAGAUCGCCGACUUCCUGGACAGGUGCUGCAAGAUCGCCUUGAAGGUGCAGGAGGAGAAGGGGAAGAAGCUGAAAGACUUCGAGGCCGCUUUGCCCGGCAACGCGGACAUCGGGGCCCUGAAGAAGGAGGUCGAGGCUUGGGCAUCCACCUUCGGCUACCCCGGGCUCUGA